AUGACGUAUGAGAGCCUAGGUCCAGAACGAGGAGUUGAUUCAAUUAACGUUUAUAAGAGUCACAUCAAUGAUCUGUCAGUGAGUACUCAAGAAGCGUGCAGGGAUCUAUGUGACCAUGAUCAACAAUGCAAGGCUUUUGGAUUUUCGAAGGAUAUAUUCGGAGUCAGAUGUACCCUUUCGGAAGACAUCAAGACCUAUCGUAUUGAAGGCUGUGCAACAUGCUUUGUUUAUUUAAAGAAUUGUUCAGCAGACUGCAUUACAUACACCAUGUACAGUUCUGGUUAUAUUGGAACGAAGCAGUAUGCCAACUAUGACCCGUCAAAUUACACAGCAUGUCGGGAUCGGUGUUCAAACGAUGUAGUAUGUAAUGGCUUCAUACACAACUCUGUGACACAGGUCUGUAGACUGGUCGACUCAAGCAGUCCUGCAGUGUUUGCUGAAAACACCAAUUUCUCCUUCAGUCGAAAGGAAUGCGAUUUUGGCUGUAGUACAUACCUAGGAUACGGGAUAGGGUAUAUCUUACCCUUGGAAUCCUACUAUGACAUAAUGGACAUAAGGUCUGGUGACUGUGAGCAGAAAUGUAACAACAACUCCCUCUGUCGGGGGUUUGCCGUCAUUGACGAUUGGGAUAAAUGUGGAUUGUCUUUCUCAGCAAGAAAGCAAAAAUGGACUGAUUGUUCCACGUGUUCUGCUUACAUUAAACUCUGUUCUUCUUGUUAUGCUUACUCUAAACAGUGUCCAUUAGGAAAUUACUCAAUUGAAAAAUCAACGUGUCUGGCCACCACCUACGCUGUUUACAACGGGAGCUACGAGGCCUCGUCUAUUUACAGCAUCAUUACUGCUACAUCGUACACCGCCUGUCAAUCCAGAUGCAGUGCUGAUCAUUUCUGCCAUGGAUUCACCUUUAACCAUGUGACAGAGACGUGUAGCUUGUCAGAGAGUUUAUUGCCUCGGACUUCAAACUGUGCUGAGUGUUUCUUUUCUGCUAAAGAUUGUUCAAGCACAACCAACAGAUAUUCCCUGUCGUGUUCGUCAACAUUCACCAUUAUUGGACAGAAUUUGACGAUUUUUCCAUUGUUCACUACCCACAAUGACUCUGACUUUAUAAGGUGUCAACAACUCUGUGUAGACGACACUUCCUGUCUUUCCUUUUAUCACCGCUCAGUGAACAAUGAUUGUCAUUUGUCAAAGUCCAGUGUUCUCUUCCCUUCUGCUUGUCCGACAUGUGAAUAUUACAGGAGAAACUGUUUACCAGACUGUUCUUUGGUGACUUUUGUUCUGUUCGAACUUGGAUACACAAUGAUGACCAUAAAAAAUGAUCUUGCUGGUCAGAAUAUUUCAUUUGAAGAAUGCCAGCGUCGCUGUCAUUUGGACACAUAUUGCUUUGGAUGUGGAUACUAUUCGGAUACUAUCCGCUGUGUUUUAUCGGACUCAAGUGUUCCCGUCUGGUCGCCUUCUCAGCUAUCCAGUUCUUUUUCCCAGAAAGUUUGUUCACCAGAUUCCACAACUAAACCCACCUCAUUGCACCAACUAACAACUGGAAAAACUGAGCCGCAAACAACAGAUAUUUUUCAAGAACAACAAUCAACUGAAAUAUCUAGACAACAACAAACAACAGGAACGAUUAAGCAGCAAACAACAGAAAUCUCUGUACAACAAUCAACAGAUAUCUCUAGACAACAACAAACAACAGGAAUUUCUACACAACAAACAAUAGAAAUAUCUGUACAACCAGUACUUAAAACAACUGAACAAGGCCAGACAACAGAAAUUUCAUCACAACUAAUAACAACAAUACAACGUCCAACACCAGUUAACAGACAAAUAAUAACCAAUGGAUCAGUACAAUGUAUUUGUGUGUGUAAAGACACGGCCCAGUCACUUCAGGAGAAAUUGAGUCAAAGAAAGAACGAUUUAACCGUGAAUUCCAAGACCCUCUCCUCUAGGCUUAGGAAGCAGACGAGUGUAGCAGACUCUCGGCUGCUGUCUUGCGCAAUUGGUGCGGUAGGGGCGAUAAUACUGGGAGGUUUUGUAGCAUUGAUUGUUUUACCCGAUCUGUGUCAGAGUGUUUCUUAUGUAAUCAAGAUAUUUUAUGUGAAUUAG